CCCGGAUAGUGGACGCCCCGCCCCCAAACGAAUCGCACCCGCCUGCGCCGCCUUCUCUUCUCCAGCGUCGGAUCUCCCCCCACUCGCCGCCCUCACCGCACCUCCAUUCCCCCCCUCCACCACCUUCACUCCACGCGCUCGUCUAUAUAAGGAGGAGGGCCGGAUGUCGGACGCGCCGGCGAGCCCCCCGGGCGGCGGGAACGGGGGAGGAGGGGGAGGGGUGGGCAGCGACGACGGCGGCGGCGGCGGAUAUGGCGGCGUCAGGGAGCAGGACAGGUUCCUGCCCAUCGCCAACAUCAGCCGCAUCAUGAAGAAGGCCAUCCCGGCCAACGGCAAGAUCGCCAAGGACGCCAAGGAGACCGUGCAGGAGUGCGUCUCCGAGUUCAUCUCCUUCAUCACCAGCGAGGCCAGCGACAAGUGCCAGAGGGAGAAGCGCAAGACCAUCAACGGCGACGACCUGCUCUGGGCGAUGGCCACGCUCGGGUUUGAGGAGUACAUCGAGCCCCUCAAGGUUUAUCUGCAGAAGUACAGAGAGACGGAGGGUGAUAGUAAGCUAGCUGGGAAGUCUGGCGACGUCUCUGUUAAAAAGGAUGCACUUGGUCCUCAUGGAGGAGCAAGUGCGCAAGGGAUGGGCCAACAAGUAGCAUACAAUCCAGGAAUGGUUUAUAUGCAACCUCAGUACCAUAAUGGGGACAUCUCAAACUGAAGAUAUGGACCAUCUCCGUGACUGCUGCUGCUCUCCUAGGUGGGUUUUCGUCAUUUGGAGCAGUUAAGGAAACUCUUAGUACCCUCAUUAGUCCUGUGUUGUUCGGUCUGCCAGAACUGAUGCUCCAAGGCUGCUUUCCCAGAUGUAAAUUGCUUUUUCCUGAGAAUAGAUUCAGUUGUGGUUUAGCAUGGUUGUUGUUGUUGUUGCCGUCUGUAACUCUGUAUAUUUAUGAUGUUUUAACAGUUUAGCCUCGUCGUGGCUGUCAUUCGGUUCCAUAUAAUUUGGGUAUUUGGGGGAGACACAACUCCUCCAGGUGUAGUUUGUCCUGAACUAGCUGUAUCAGACUCUUGCAAAGAGUUGCUUUUAGUC